AUGGCAGGAAAUGGUAAGAAAGUUGCAAUAGGAAUCGACCUAGGAACAACCUAUUCUUGUGUUGCUGUGUGGAGAAAUGAUCAGAUAGAGAUCAUAGUGAAUGAUCAAGGGAAUAGAACAACACCUUCUUAUGUUGCUUUUACUGACUCUGAAAGGAUGAUUGGUGAUCCUGCUUUCAACAUGGUUACUUGCAAUCCAACCAACAUUGUCUUUGAUGCAAAGAGGCUAAUUGGUAGAAAAUUUUCCGAUCCCAUAGUUCAGAGUGAUAUGAGACUAUGGCCAUUUAAAGUGAUUGGCGACCUCAAUGACAAACCUAUGAUUGUUGUCAAUUACAACGACGAGGAAAAACAUUUUGCUGCUGAAGAAAUCUCAUCCAUGCUAUUGGCGAAAAUGCGAGAGAUUGCAGAAGCUUACCUUAGAUCAAUAGUGAAGGAUGUUGUAAUAACUGUUCCAGCUUACUUCAACAACUCACAACGCCAGUCUACUAGAGAUGCAGGUGUUAUUGCAGGCCUCAAUGUUAUGCGAAUAAUCAAUGAACCUACUGCAGCAGCAAUUGCAUAUGGCCUUCACAUGAAACCAUUGAAUCAUGGAAGAAGAAAUGUAUUCAUUUUUGACUUAGGUGGUGGCACAUUGGAUGUCUCCAUCCUUACAUUUGAGAAGGGUGAUAUUCAAGUUAAGGCCAUCGCGGGCGACACUCACCUAGGGGGACAAGACUUUGAUAACACACUAGUGAAUCAUUUUGUGAAGGAGUUCUUGAGGAAGCAUAAGAUUGACAUUAGUGGAGACCGAAGAUCGGUUAGGAAGUUGAAGAAAGCUUGCGAGAAAGCAAAGAGGAUACUUUCGUCCACUCCCGAGACCACCCUUGAGAUAGAUAGUUUAAGUCAAGGUAUAGAUUUCUACUCAACGAUUAGCCGCUCGAAGUUCGAUGAACUCAACAAGAAUCACUUCAAAAAGUGCAUGGAGAUUGUUGAAAAAUGUUUAAUAGAUAGUGGGAUUGACAAGAGUAGCAUUCAUGAUGUUGUCCUUGUUGGUGGCUCUACAAGGAUCAUAAAAGUGCAAGAACUGUUGGGAGACUUCUUUGAGGGAAAGCAAUUAUGCAAAAGCAUCCAUCCAGAUGAAGCUGUUGCACUUGGUGCUGCUGUUCAUGCUUCUAUAUUGAGUGGUGAGUUUAGUGAAAAGACUGAAGAUUUGCUAUUGAGGGAGGUAAUUCCUUUGUCCCUUGGAUUGCAGACUCAUGGUGGAAUCAUGGAAAUCAUAAUUCCUAGAAACACUAUAAUCCCUACAAACAUGCAACAUGUGUUCACCACACAUCUUCACAACCAAGGCAAAAUUUUAAUCCAUGUUUACGAGGGUGAGAGGCUAAGAGCCGAGGAGAAUAACUUACUAGGAAAGUUUGUGUUGGAAAUUCCUCCGGCUCCGGUAGGUGUUCCUCAAAUCAAGAUCACCUUUCAAAUUGAUGAUGAUGGCAUCUUACAUGUCUCCAGCACAGAAAAAUCACUUGGAGUUAACGAAAGGGUUAAAAUAAUAAGCGACAAAGGAAGGCUUUCAAAGGAAGAAAUUGAGACGAUGAUCAAAGAUGCUGAGAAGUACAAAGAUGAAGACAAGAGGUAUAGGAAAAAGGUAGAGGCAAGAAGGGCAUUGGAGAAGUAUGCAAUCAAGAUGAGAAAUGCAAUAGAAGAUGAGGAGAUUAGCAUGAAGCUUUGUUCAGAAGACAAGAAAAUGAUCAAUGAUGCAAUUAAUUUGGUUCUGACGUGGCUUGAUGUGAAUGAGAUUGCAGAACAAGAUCAUUUUGAUUUUUAUAGAAGCAUUCUUUCAAGUGCUUUUGAUCCAAUCAUUGUGAAGAUGAUAAAGAAUGAGGGGAAUGGUGUGAAACCAGGUACUGUUGUUGGGUAUCCUCUUGAUAAUAAAAAGAAUAGUUGGAUAUUGUCGUUAGCAAAAUAUGGUAUUGAGAUAGUAUGGUCUACUGCAACAGGUGACAUCACUGGGUUAGUUUCUACCAUAAUUGUGGACUUACUAAAUAACUAA